CCGCCAAAGGUCCCAAUAAAACGAAUCAAAUGAUAUUCUUCCUCGUAUUCUCCUCCGGAACCCAGGCUUCGAGUCAGAGAGAGAAAAUGGAGAAAGCUAUCAACAGACAGAGAGUUCUGCUCGACCACCUCCGGCCUUCUUCUUCUAUUUACACCGGAGAUUCUUCAAUCUCUGCAUCAGCUUGUCUUGCAGGGGAUAGCGAUGCGUACCAUAGAACUUCGGUAUUUGGGGACGAUGUAGUCAUUGUGGCAGCGCAUCGGACUCCAAUUUGCAAAUCCAAGCGUGGUAGUUUCAAGGAUACUUAUCCCGAUGAUCUCCUCGCACCAGUUUUGAAGGCAUUGAUAGAGAAAACCAAUCUGAAUCCUAGUGAAGUUGGGGAUAUUGUGGUGGGUACUGUCUUGGCCCCAGGAUCUCAAAGGGCAAGUGAAUGCAGGAUGGCGGCAUUCUAUGCUGGUUUCCCUGAAACUGUACCUGUCAGGACUGUGAACAGGCAGUGCUCAUCCGGGCUUCAGGCAGUUGCUGAUGUAGCUGCAGCUAUAAGAGCUGGAUUUUAUGAUAUCGGAAUCGGAGCUGGCUUGGAGUCCAUGACAGCUAAUCCAAUGGCAUGGGAAGGGUCUGUCAACCCAAAAGUGAAGACCUUUGAGCAAGCUCAAAAUUGCCUUCUCCCCAUGGGUGUCACCUCAGAAAAUGUUGCACACCGUUUUGGUGUAACUAGGCAGGAGCAAGACCAGGCUGCAGUUGAGUCACAUAGGCGAGCUGCUGCUGCUACUGCCUCUGGUAAAUUUAAAGACGAAAUUAUUCCUGUGCCCACCAAGAUUGUUGACCCAAAAACGGGUGAGGAGAAAUCUGUUACAAUCUCUGUUGAUGAUGGGAUUCGGCCUACCACAACAGUGUCAGAUCUGGCAAAGCUGAAGCCUAUUUUUAAGAAAGAUGGGAGCACCACUGCAGGCAAUUCUAGCCAAGUGAGUGAUGGUGCUGGGGCUGUACUUCUAAUGAAGAGAAGUGUUGCAUUGCAGAAAGGACUACCCAUCCUUGGUGUAUUCAGGACGUUUGCUGCCAUUGGUGUCGAUCCAGCAAUCAUGGGUGUAGGCCCAGCUGUUGCAAUUCCAGCUGCAGUCAAGGCUGCUGGUUUAGAGCUUGAUGAUAUUGACCUUUUCGAGAUUAAUGAGGCAUUUGCAUCCCAAUUUGUAUACUGCCGUAACAAGCUGGGACUUGAUCCAGAAAAGAUCAAUGUGAAUGGAGGUGCUAUGGCCCUUGGGCAUCCUUUGGGUGCAACAGGCGCUCGCUGUGUUGCUACUCUAUUGCAUGAGAUGAAGCGUCGUGGCAGAGACUGUCGCUUUGGAGCGAUAUCAAUGUGCAUUGGCACAGGAAUGGGGGCAGCAGCUGUUUUUGAAAGAGGGGACGCUGUUGAUGAGUUCUCCAAUGCCCGGAAAGUGGAAAGAAACAGCCUUUUAUCCAAGGAUGCUCGGUAGAAUAUUUAUGUGUCACCUGUUGCAAUUACUAAUAAUCUCAUGAUUAGGAUUGAAAUCCUGGUAGAAAGUUGUAAUAAACAUGGAAUUAUUUUUUUGUUGAAAGAUCUUUGGAGAUCAAAGGUUUAAAGUAA